UACUUUGGUUGAUCAAUGCUUGUGGGUCGAACAACAACAAAUAUCUCUGCAGGUUUGCUAACUAGGGUGGUUAGUUAGUUAGCUGUCAAAAACAUGCUUCUUCAGACUUUCAGGCCAUGGCUGACCUUGCUCCGUUGCAGAGGAUUGCCAGUAGCAACAACACGACUUUACCACGGUGACCGAGUCGCAGCCGUCGGUACACAGCCUGACACACAGUCCGCGGAGUUUGCGGAAAACUAUGAACGAAUGCAAGUCCUUGUUGAUGAGUUGAAAGGCAGAUCAGAGAAAAUCAAAUUGGGUGGAGGAGAACGUGCCAGAAAGCUACACAUCUCCAGAGGGAAGCUCCUCCCCAGAGAACGCAUAGACAGACUGCUGGACCCAGGGUCUCCGUUCCUGGAAUUCUCCCAGUUUGCAGCAUAUGAGCUCUAUGGGAAAGAGGAGGUUCCAGCAGGAGGCAUCAUCACAGGGAUUGGCAGAGUCUCAGGGGUGGAGUGUGUUAUUGUUGCUAAUGACGCCACAGUGAAAGGAGGCACCUACUACCCAGUCACAGUGAAAAAGCAUCUCCGAGCCCAGGAGAUAGCUCAGCAGAACCACCUGCCAUGCAUUUACCUGGUGGACUCCGGAGGAGCCAACCUCCCCAGACAGGCCGAGGUCUUCCCAGACAGAGACCACUUUGGACGGAUCUUCUUCAACCAGGCUCGCCUCUCCUCAGACGGAAUAGCACAGAUAGCGGUGGUUAUGGGGUCGUGUACAGCGGGAGGAGCGUAUGUUCCAGCCAUGGCUGAUGAGAGUAUCAUCGUCAGGAAACAAGGAACCAUCUUCCUGGGAGGACCUCCUCUGGUAAAAGCAGCAACAGGGGAGACCGUCUCUGCUGAGGAUCUUGGAGGGGCGGAUCUUCACUGCAGGAAGUCAGGCGUAACAGACCACUACGCUCUAGACGAUAGCCACGCCCUUCACCUGGCUCGCAAGGCCGUCCGCAACCUCAACUACACCAAGAACAUACAGGUGACCACAGAGCCCCCCGAGGCGCCUCUCUACCCAGCUGAGGAGCUGUAUGGCAUCGUAGGAGCCAACCUCAAACGCAACUUUGACGUCAGAGAGGUGAUAGCCAGGAUUGUCGAUGGCAGCCGGUUUGAUGAGUUCAAAGCCUUCUACGGAGAUACGGUGGUCACAGGGUUCUCCAGGAUAUUUGGUUACCCUGUUGGAAUCAUUGGUAACAAUGGAGUCCUGUUCUCAGAGUCUGCUAAGAAAGCAACUCAUUUCAUAGAGUUAUGCUGUCAAAGAAACAUUCCACUUAUCUUUCUACAAAACAUCACGGGCUUCAUGGUGGGCAGGGAGUACGAGGCAGGUGGCAUCGCCAAGGACGGGGCUAAGAUGGUCACAGCGGUUGCGUGUGCCAACGUGCCCAAGAUCACGGUGAUCAUCGGCGGCUCGUACGGAGCGGGCAACUACGGCAUGUGUGGCAGAGCCUACAGCCCCCGGUUUCUGUACAUGUGGCCCAACUCCCGUAUCUCUGUGAUGGGUGGAGAGCAGGCUGCCACCGUACUAGCGACCAUCACUAGAGACCAGCGGACUAGAGAGGGCAAGGAGUUCACAGCAGAGCAGGAGGCCGCCAUGAAGGAACCCAUCGUCAAACGGUUUGAAGAGGAAGGAAGCCCGUACUUCUCCAGCGCUAGGCUGUGGGACGACGGUAUCAUCGACCCGGCUGACACCCGUCUGGUUCUGGGAAUGAGUCUCAGUGCUACACUCAAUGCCCCGACACAGAGGACACGCUUCGGAGUGUUCCGGAUGUAGACAUCCACGGGCCCACUAGAGGACAGACUAGACAUCCACGGACCCACUGGAGGACAGACUGAACAUCCACGGACCCACUGGAGGACAGACUGAACAUCCACGGACCCACUAGAGGACAGACUAGACAUCCACGGACCCACUGGAGGACAGACUGAACAUCCACAGACCCACUGGAGGACAGACUGAACAUCCACAGACCCACUAGAGGACAGACUGAACAUCCACAGACCCACUAGAGGACAGACUGAACAUCCACAGAUCCACUAGAGGACAGACUGAACAUCCACAGACCCACUAGAGGACAGACUGAACAUCCACAGAUCCACUAGAGGACAGACUGAACAUCCACAGACCCACUAGAGGACAGACUGAACAUCCACGGACCCACUAGAGGACAGACUGAACAUCCACGGACCCACUAGAGGACAGACUGAACAUCCACGGACCCACUAGAGGACAGACUGAACAUCCACGGACCCACUAGAGGACAGACUGAACAUCCACGGACCCACUAGAGGACAGACUGAACAUCCACGGACCCACUAGAGGACAGACUGAACAUCCACGGACCCACUAGAGGACAGACUGAACAUCCACGGACCCACUAGAGGACAGACUGAACAUCCACGGACCCACUAGAGGACAGACUGAACAUCCACGGACCCACUAGAGGACAGACUGAACAUCCACGGACCCACUAGAGGACAGACUGAACAUCCACGGACCCACUAGAGGACAGACUGAACAUCCACGGACCCACUAGAGGACAGACUGAACAUCCACGGACCCACUAGAGGACAGACUGAACAUCCACGGACCCACUAGAGGACAGACUGAACAUCCACGGACCCACUAGAGGACAGACU